GAAAAGGAACGACUGGUAAAGGACACAUAAAUACGUGUAAGCGUGAUUGUUUUUCGGUUCAUGUUGCCAUUUUCAUCAAAUGUUAGUUAUCAGUAUUUGUCGAAAAGAGUGAGCUAAAACAAUAUCAGACAGUGUCCGACUUCUGUCAGAACCAACCGCAACAUAUUGUUUUUGCACUACGAUGUUACGAUGCGGAAGGCGUGCCAAUAUUUAGGAAAUUGCUGUGAUCGGGGUGAUUGUUCAUGGAAUCGAUGUCACUGUGGUUGGGUAUACUGUAUAUGCUUUAUAAUAGUGCAAACAAAUCAAACAACGCAUUUUAAUUGCCUUAUCUUCCAGAUAUGCUAUUUAUAUCUGAUUAAUGCUUAUUUUCUAAAUGAAUAAUAAGAAACUGUAUAAUUAUAACUCAGUAAAUUAAAGCUUAAUAUAGAUUUUUAAAUUUGUUGUGAAUUGAUAUUUUUUUAUUAAUAGGAUAUUUAUUCUUUGUGUUGAGAGGUUGUGGUGGCAUUUACAUGUAAGUCCAUCAAACACCCAAGGUCCAUGUGAAAGUUACAAUUAAUCUUUAACUACUGUGCUUAGUCUACAGUAGUCCAGUUCUGCAGUACCUCCGGAUCCUGGAAUCCUGGAAUCUUCAUCCCACCAAGACACGCAUGACACUAUAAGACUUUCUGUUGAGCACAUUGUGUUGGGUUUAAAAUGCAGUAACUCAAAAUGGGAGAAGAAAAAUGAAAAAACUAUAUAUGACUCCAACUAAACCACCUCAAAGUUAUUGGAAAAUAUAAAAAAUAUUCAUACACUUGUGAAAUAUAGCUAUAAUUAAUUUGUAUUUAAUAUCUUUACUCUAUAUUUUUGUUCACUGUUAGGUGAUGCAGCCUGUGAUUCCUAACGUCAGAUGAUAUUCCGAUGCUGUUAUGCUGGUAGUCAACUCCAUAACACUAGUAUGACAAAUCCAAGUCCAUGGCAGGAUUUUAUUCCAGACCCAGUUUUGCUACACAUCUUCAGUUUCCUCGAAGCCAAAUCUUUACUAAGGGCUAGUUGUACUUGCCACAGGUGGUACAGAAUUGCCAGAGAUGAGAGUUUGUGGAAAAUCCUGACUCAAACUAACUGGGACACUAAAGGUGGCCGGAAGGACAGUGACCAAACAUGGUACCAGGAAUAUAAACGUUUGUUUUAUCAUGCGCCAACUCAGUUCAGUGAGAGGAUUGAGGGACAUUCAGAUGAGGUCUUAGAUGUAGCAUUUUCACAUGAUGGAAGACUGUUUUGUACAACUUCUAAAGAUACCAAAGUGAAGAUCUGGGAAGUGGGGAACCCAACUCAGCUAAAACACACAGCAGACCUUGGUCUGGCCUUGGACUGGAACAUGACACAGUAUGCAACCUUCAAUAGUAAUGACACUUACCUGUUAGUCUGUGGAGUCAAGUUCCAACUCCCAGCUGCUGGAUCCCAAUCUCAAGGCUUGGGAGUGGUGUUUAGGAUGAAAGAUUUCCGGCUGGUACAGGAAAUGCCUAUGGACCCGCCCCACCUAUUUGCUGACUGGUAUAAUGACAAUAUAUGUGUUGGAGGAUAUGUCCCUACUGCUGCCAACAAUGAUUUCUUCUGUGUGAAGGCUUUUAAAGUUAUUGAUGAUGUGCCAGAGAGGAUUCCACUAAGAUGUCCUUAUGAGGAAGGAUCUGUCAUCUAUUCCUUCUUUGGUGAUCACCAUCGUACUAUGAACUUGCUAGUGGCCAAUGUGCCACAUAAACCAGAAAAAUCAACAGUCUUGAGAAGCCAGCAUAAAAAUUCAGGGCAAGACACUCCGCAAAGUUCUGAAAUUGAAUCAGAUUUGCUUAAAACAUUCAGUGAAGAUUUCCAUAUAAAUCCUACCAUAGCUCCAAGAGAUCAUACUAGAGACUUUUUGAAUUCCAGCAAAAGAGAUGCCAAUGCAAAUAAUUCCAACAUUUUGCAUCAAGCAAAUAGUAAGUCUAAAUCUUCUAAGGAUGCAUGUGAUAGAUGUGGGAAGAUGUCAAGUGCUGCUUCAGCAUUGCCGUCCUUUGAUAAAUAUAUGAUAUUUGUGACAGGAGAACAGCACAAUGCUAUAGCCUUUCACAGGGUAGAAGAUUUACCUGAAACCUUAGAAAAGAAGUUGAAGGAUAAGAAAUUAUUUGAAGAGACGGUAAGGAAGGCCACAGAAGAAAAUGGAGGACAAGGAAACAUUACCGCCACUCAACUGACAACACCUGUAAAUCCUACCAAAAGCAUCCACCUACCUGGCCACUACAUAUCAGGAAUGAAGCUAUCUCGUGACCACAGAUAUCUGUAUUUUAAUUGUCGAUACGCCAUUUAUGAUGUGGAACUAGGCUUUCCAAAAUUGAUGGAGGAUAUGGAAGUCAAAACUAUUGAUCUACAAACAUUUCGCCUGGUGCCUGAGCUAGUAUUCGGGGGCCAUAAGGGGUUCUCCGAGUUCCCGGCGUGGUACAUAUGUCUUGAUUCCUGUGAUGAUUAUGUUGCUAGUGGAAGUGAGCAGUUUCUGGGCUAUUUAUGGGACCGCCGCUAUCGUACCUGUCUGGCCAAACUCCAACAUUGUGAAGGUGUCGUCAAUGGAGUUGCCUUCAACCCUGUCGACCCUGAGUGCCUUGUCACUGUAGCUGAUGACCGUAUCAUCAACAUCUGGAGAGCCAGAAACAGAAAGAAACAGCUCGAAGAACAUACAUAGCCUCUGACGAGGCAGAAACAACUCGAAGAACAUACAUAGCCUCUAACGAGGCAGAAACAGCUCGAAGAACAUACAUAGCCUCUAACGAGGCUGUAGAUAAAAAUCAGUCCAAUGCCAUGUUGUGCACAAUAGCUGUGACAUGUCCCUAGAAGUGGCAUUAUUGUCCUUGUGUUCAGCUUAACUUAAAUGCUAUGGUAAAGUGUUUUUUCCUCAUGCCUCUCUUAUUACAGUAAUCACAAAAUCUAGCAUACUGAGCAUAUUGCAGAAGUGGGAUAGUUUAAACUGAGAAAAGGAAUGGACACCUUAACUCCUUAAUAUACAAGUGCUUCAGCUAAACAGUAGAAACGAGUACCUCAUAACAGCAAUAGAAAUUGAAAGAAAUAGACAUGAUCUUAACCAAAUACUGUAGUAGAAUUAGUUUCUUUAAACAAAUGGUAGAAUUGAUGUUAGAUUCCUUCAACAAAAAGUAGAAUUAUACGUAUUCUCUAAACAAGUCAUCCUCAUAUGACCAUGACUGUUGCAGAGGUGGUAAACACCUUAAAACAAAACAAAUUUAAACAAGCAGUAGAAACUUGCUCCUGAAACUAACACUAAAAAUUCUUUCCUUAAUAACAGUUCAUUUUGAUAUGACCCUGAUAACAUAGUAGACAAAUACUGGAACUACCAUGUACAGACUGGUGAAGUUUUCUGCCCUCACCAUACCAUAGUUAUAUAUUUUUUUCCAGAGUCAUCAGUAAUUACUUGGCUAUAUAUUAAUAAAGACCAACAGCCAGAGUGAUUGCCUACUUCGAGCAUCAACUAUUUACUAUAAUCCGGGUUGUCUGUUUCAUGGAUGCUUAAUUUGAAGAUUUACAUGUUGCAUGAAGUUGGCAGCAAUUAACAAGCUAACUUUACUCACAUUUUCAUUUUCACUUCAUGAUUUACUACAUAUAAAUUAAUAGCCACAUCUUAAGUAUACAAUAACAAAGUACCAAGUAAUUUAGAAAUUCAAUAUCCAUUUCUAUUUGAAAGUAUCAAAUUCCUUGAUUUUAUAUAAGCACAGAUUUUCUGAAAAGAAAUUGGUUUACAGUUAUCUUAGUUUAAUAUGCUCAAUGUUAUUUUUUCCAAUGUUUCAUAUGAUAGUUUGAUAUUGGUAUUAAGGAUUUAUUAUAUAUAUAUUUAUGAUUUUAUUUUUGUGUACUUGGACCUUAUGUAAUUGUUUUAAUACUGAUAUGCCGUAAUUAUUAUUGAGACAGUGUGGUUAGUAUUCUUUCUGUCAUUACAUGUAAGUGUUCAGAACAUUCUACCUAGCUACGUUUUACAAAUUGUUAUUUUCUUUAGUUAUCAAUAUUUACUUAAGUCUUUCAUUAUGUAGAGGAAUAUGUAAAUUGUUUUAUAAUAAAUUAUUUAUUGGAAAA